GUCAUUGGGAUAAGUACUAGCCCAGCAGUCGGUUAAUCAUAUUACAUUUCGGAAGAUAUACAUUUCUUUAAAAAACAACCCAAAAACCAUGAAGUUCCUGGCUCUGAGUUUCGCCCUGAUUGCCGCCAUGGUGGCCUGCUCCUUGGCCCUUCCCGUGGAGCUGCAGAACAACAUCGAACCCCUGAACCUCUGGGAAUUGGAGGUUCAAGAGCCGGAGCCACAGCUGGAUGAAGUGGAGGGUGAAAGAGUGGCCCGAGGACUAGGAGGCUUUGGUGGACUGGGCGGCAAGUUCGGUGGACUUGGUGGCCUGAAAGGAUUCGGUGGUCUGGGCCAUGGUUUCGGCGGUGGCUUCGGUGGACAUGGAUUCGGCGGUGGAUUCGGUGGUCUUGGCGGAUUCAAGAGCCUUUUCAACAAGAAGUUCUAAUAAUCUAAGUUCAAAGUUCGCUAAUCAUCCCAUCUCUAGCUUAAGAAUUACAAAAUAAAGUACAAUAAUAGUUUUAGAAUUUUAAAA